UGUUGAAAUGAGCUAUCAUGAUACCAAGCCAAACAAAACAAGAAGUGCUAAAUCUUUUUUAUUAUAUUGCAUUAUAUCGACAUCAAAUGAAAUUUGCAAACUAAUCAUUUUCUUUUUUAGAAAAUGAUGCGUCAUUUUGUUGCGUUUUCAUUACUGUUAUUCGUUUUGGAAAUCUCAGUCGAGGCGAGCCUUAUGCUUUGCGCCCCCCAUCGUCCUAAAUGCAAAGCACACUGCUUGGAAAGUAAAUGCCGAAACGGACAAUGCAAAUUCGUACCAAUAGGACAAGGAUUUGCCACGAUUAAAUGUGUUUGUGAGGAUUGUCCCGGUGAUCAACAGAGGAAGAAGCAGCUUCAUUGAACAGAUGCACGUCUUUUGAGCUUUUUGUGCAAAACACCAGUAUGAAGUUACUAUGAUGCAAGUU